AUGGACUCUACUAAAAUUUUGUCACUACUAGAGGAUUUAGACGAAGAGAUUGAUGACCUUGAGGAAUCUCUGGCACCUCUCCUGCAAUCUGCCUUCUCUGACAUCACCUCGAAGCUUCCUCUCCUCGACAAGGCUAAGCUUUAUGUUCUCGUCACAUAUGCCAUCGAAUCCAUACUUUUCUCAUAUAUUCGACUUCAUGGCGUCAAUGCUCGCCAACAUCCCGUCUUCCUCGAACUCACUCGAGUCAAACAAUAUUUUGAUAAAAUCAAAUCAGCCGAAACCCCCGCAGCACCGAGGAACCUAACUUUGGACAAAGGUGCGGCAGGUAGAUUCAUUAAGGCAGAUUUGGCCGGAAAUGAAAAAUUUGACCUGCAAAAAGCUGAGCAGCAAGCAAAAGAGCGGGCAAAAGCACAUAUCAGGUUUAAAGACCUACAAAAUACAUCGCAGAAAUAA